CGCGCCGAGAGCGACUUCCCCCGCUGUCAGCGUGGCUCCGUCGCCCUUUAACGGCGGAAUAACGGGACCGUGAGGAGGACAUAAUGACCGCGCGCCCCCCUCCUCCGAAGAAGAAGAAGCAGCCCCGGGGCGCGUGACCGCAGUUCCCAAAAGUUGCGUGGCGCACAGACGCUGCUCCUCCGCCAGGCAGGCAGGCAGGGACGACCACAUCAGCGGGCUCAAGGAGCCCCGGAGACCGAGAGAGGAUCCUUCUCCAGCAGGUAGUCAGGGAUGGAGGCGGGCUCGGUGGUGCGUGCUGUGUUUGAGUUCCUGCCCAGCGUCUCCGAGGAGCUGCCCCUCUUCGCCGGCGACGUGAUCGAGGUGCUCGGCGUGGUGGACGAGUUCUGGUUGCUCGGCAACAAAGAUGGCGUCACAGGUCAGUUCCCCAGCACGUUUGUGGAGGAGGUCACCAUCCCCAGCACCAAGCCUGGAGACACUCUCUACGUGUGCAUCAACGACUUCUCCUCGGCGGAGCCUGGGAAUCUCUCCCUGAAGAGAGGGGAUGUGGUGGUGGGCGAGGCCGGCGGGGCCCUGGACGCCUGGCAGCGGGGCUGUAACGCGUGGGGCGUCCGCGGACUCUUCCCCACGUCCUGCGUGAAGGAGCUGAACCUCUCCGGCCGCUCGCGGCAGCUGUCGGAGCGCUCGGCCCAGGCCCAGGCCUCGGAGCUCCCGCCGUACGCCCUGGGCCAGGCCCGGGCUCUCAUGAGCCUCCACGCCCAGCUCAACGAGGAGCUGGACUUCCGCGAGGGCGACCUGAUCAUCAUCACCGGCCUGCCCGAGCCCGGCUGGUUCCAGGGGGAGCUGGAGGGCCGUCGGGGGAUUUUCCCAGAGGGCUUCGUGGAGCUCCUGGGGCCUCUGCGCUCCCCCCGGGACCCCGAGGACUGCCCCUAUCUGAACAGCGGCGUUCAGGAAUUCCUCUAUGAGGACACUUACGAUGCUGGAGAGGGGACUGAGGAGGAGGGCAUGGAGGAAGGCGAGGCUUUUCUAAGAGAGGAGGAGGAGGAGGAGCAAAAGGAUGCUGCUGAGGAAAAGCAGGAGGAUGAAGAGGAGGAGGAGGAGGAGGAGGAGGAGGGCGGCCUCUACGGAGUGGCUCUGUAUGAGUUCCGGGCCAUGGAGCCCGGAGAGCUGGACUUCGAUGUGGGGGAUCGCAUUCGCAUCGUGAGCACUUUGGAAGACGGCUGGCUGGAGGGGGAGCUGCGGCGGCGGCGGGGAAUCUUCCCCCACCGCUUCGUCAAAAUCGAGGGCGACGUCCCGAAAACUGCGACGGAACCCGAGGCGGUGGAGCCAGAGGAAGACAAAGAGAACAGCUGCACCGAUCACGGCGCCGGUCAUCUGAACGGGGCGGAGAACAGUCCGGAAUGGGCGACCUACGAGGACCACACCGUGUGGGACCUGGAUUAUUUUGAAAGGACUGAGGAGCAGAGAUGCAAACGUGAAAGCAAAACUUCCGAGUUUCAAGCUAAUAGCCGGGGGCAGAGAGAGGGUGGGAGCAGGCCCGACCCUCAGCCGCACGGACCCGCCGCCCCGGCGCGCAGAAGGCCUCAGAGACCCAGAUCCACGCCUCCGGCCCGGCCCAGACUCCCGCCGCGGCCCAACCUGCCCGCUCACAGCAGCAGGCAGCAUGCGGGCUCGUCCUACACCAACGGCGGCGCUCCUCCAUCGCAGCCGAAGCUGACGCACAGCCUGACGCUUCCCAGCUCUCACUCCGGCUGGCCCAAACACACGAAGCAUCCGCGGAGCUCGCCGCCGGACGGCUCCUCCGCCAACACCAGAGGCGCCAGUCUCGGCCAGGCCUUGUUCAGCCUUGUAGAAGGCCACAAGCAGCGGAAGCUAACUCGCCACGCCAGCGUAGGCGACGCCGACAUGUUGGCGCGCCGAGCUGAGAGACGCUCACAUUUCCAGAAGGCGGCGCGCGGCUCCAACGGGACGCUGCCGGCGUCCAUCGCCUUGCAGGCUCUGGCGGCGUCCGCCGGCGACCUGGAGGCCAAGCUCUCCCAGCAGCUGUUUGAGUUUGAGAGAAGCCUGACUGCUCCGUACGGCGGCGGCGGCGGCGGCCUGAAUCGCGGCGCGGCCGAGCUCAGUGAGCCGUCCGGCGUCUCGAGACACUUCUCUAUUCUGGACUACAGCGACGAAGGCGACAUCAUCCGAGGCUCCUCGCUCGCCCCCGCCUCGUCCGGCCUCUCGCGCUCUCUGUCUCUGGACAGACGCAGAACCCUCCGUCCUCCUCCCCCCCGUCCCCGGGUGCUGCGGCCCCCGGCUCCGGCGCCGUACCGACCCGCCCGCCCCGCCCCGCGCCCGCCGCCGCCCCGCUGCCCGAGACAGAACGCCGCCCCGCCGACGGGCGGCUCCCUGACCGGCAGCCCCGUCUUCUACAGCCCCGACGAGCCCGCCGCCAACCUCCUGGACCAGAUCGCCGAAGCUCAGGGCGAGUUCCCCGACCUGGCGGCGGCCCAGGAGCAGGAAAUCCAGCGGCAGCUGGAGGCGGAGCAAGAGCUGGAGCGAGAGAUGGAGCUGGAGAGCCAGAGGCAGCGGGAGGAGGAGGAGAGGUACCAGCUGUUGCUACGGCUACAGGAGGUGGAGCAGGACAUGGAGGCGUACGCGCACACGGCGGAGGAACUCCGCGCCAUGCUGGAAGAGGAGGAGGAGGAGACGGCUCGCAUUCAGGCCCUGGAGAACCUGGAGUUCUGCAACUACACCCUGGAGACUCUGGCUUUGGAGCAGCAGCAGCUUCAAGAGAUGACGCUCUUAUCGUCUCAGCCCAAAUCCCUGGACUCCACCCCGGCCUCGGACAUGACCCCCUCCGCCGGCGCCGGCACCGAGGACCCCGAGCUGAGGAUGCUGGAGAAGAGGUCGAAGGUCAUCGAGGAGCUGCUGCAGACAGAGAGGGAUUACAUCAAGGACCUGCAGAUGUGCGUGGAGGAGAUCGUGGAGCCGCUGCAGAAGAAGCAGGUGAAGAACGUGGACUUCGACGGGCUGUUCGGGAACCUCGGCUCCGUCAUCGACCUGUCGCAGCGGCUGUUUGAGACGCUGCAGGAAACCGACUCCAUCGGAAAAGUCUUUCUGGACUUCAAAGUUGAGCUGGAGGAUGUUUACAAGAUCUACUGCCAGAACCACGACGACGCCAUCUCCCUGCUGGAAAACUACGAGAAAGACGAGAACGUCCAGCGCCACGUGUUGGAGUGUCUGGAGAGGCUCAGAGCCAUUUAUCGCGAGUGGGGGAAGACGAAUUACAUCAACCUGGGCUCCUUCCUGAUCAAGCCGGUGCAGCGGGUGAUGCGCUACCCGCUGCUGCUGAUGGAGCUGCUGGGAGCCACGCCGGAGAGCCACCACGACCGGCCGCAGCUCGCCGAGGCGGUGCAGGCCGUCAAGGAGAUCAACGGGAACAUCAACGAGUACAAACGCAGGAAGGACCUCGUGAUGAAAUACAGGAAGGGCGACGAAGACACCUUCAUUGACAAAAUCUCCAAGCUGAGCAUGCACUCCAUCAUCAAGAAGUCCAACAGGGUCAGCAGCCACCUCAAGCACCUGACGGGGAUUUCGCCUCAGGUUAAAGAUGAGGCCUUCGAUGAGGCUGAGAAGAAGUUCAGGCUUCAGGAGAGACUCAUCAAGUCCUUCAUCAGGGACAUUUCUUUGUACCUGCAGCACAUCAGGGAAUCGGCCUCGGUGAAAGUCCUGGCAGCCAUCAGCUUCUGCGACAUCUACACGGAGCGCAGUGUGCUGGACCCCGAGCGCUUCCAGAGGGCGCACCGCAGCAUCAGCGACAAGCAGUUCACACACUUUAAGGAGCGCACCGAGGCCCUGGUCAUCAACCCGCUCACCCAGCUGCUGCUCAUGUUCGCCGGGCCGCACAAGCUCAUCCAGAAGCGCUUCGACAAGCUGCUGGACUACGACAACUGCAAGGAGCGCGCCGAGCGCCUGAAGGACCGUCGCGUCCAGGACGAGCUGCAGGCGGCGCGCAACAACUACGAGGCGCUCAAUGCCCAGCUGCUGGACGAGCUGCCCAAGUUCCACAGCGCGGCUGAGGACUUGUUCACCGGCUGCGUGAGGGCCUUCGCCCAGGCCCAGAAGGACUUCAUGAAGACCACCAUGGGGGAGCUCAAGCCGCUGCUGCAAGUCUUUUCGAACGUCGGCAUGGAGGGAAACCUCAUCGCGCAGUUCCAGGAUGAGUACAGCCGAGUCCUCCAGCUUCUCCAGAGCUUCAGCUUCUGCCCGGAGAACCUGCCUCCGGCCACGGCCACUAAGAAGACCUUCGAGAAGAAAACUCUGGAGAAGCAGACGUCGAAAAAGCAGCCGCAGGCAGCGCCCAACUGCAUCUCGCAGACCGACGAGCACCGUGCCGGACUCAUGACGCGCUACGGCCCCGACAAGCUGUUCCAGGCCGAGAGGAACUUCAACGCUGCCCAGGACCUGGACGUCUCCAUACAGGAGGGCGAUCUCGUAGGCGUGAUCAAGCAGCAGGACCCCAUGGGCAGCCACAACCGCUGGCUCAUCGACAACGGAGUCACAAAGGGUUUUGUGUACAGCUCCUUCCUCAAGCCCUACAACCCCCGCAGGAGUCAGUCGGAUGUGUCCAUCGAGAGCCAGUCGUCCAACGAAUCGGGCUACGGCGGCUCCUCCCCCGUCUUCUCCCGCCAGAACAGCAACAGCACGCUGACCUUCAACCAGGAGGCGGCCACCGUCAGCUUCUCCACGCUGCAGCCUCCCGGCCAGUCGUCGCCGCACCCGUCGCUGGACUCCGCCUCCUCCCGGAGGAGCCAGCCCCAGGACGCGCCUGACUCCGCCAGCCAGAGCAACUCCAUAAACUCCUCGCCCCGAAAUGCCUCCUCCCACCGCAGGGACUUCUCAGAGCGGAGCCACAGAGACUCGGAUUCAUCCUACCGCCACUCUAAUCCCAGGGACUCGUACGACAUGAGCUACGGCAGCCCGGGCGGGCGCAAGGACACGUCCGACUACUCUGAGUCGGACUCCUGCUCGUCGCAGCGGAACAGUCGCUCGCAGAGGUAUGGACAGACGGAGAAGAGCUACAGCUCGUAUCGGUACAGGAACGGAGAGAGCGGCAGGGAGAAGAGGCCCGCUCAUCCCAGGGAGGAGUACAACGAGCCCGAGCCCGAGCCUGAGCCCGAGAGCGAGCUGGACGGUCACCAGAUUUACUACGCUCUCUACUCCUUCACGGCCCGCUGCGCCAACGAACUGAGCAUCUCGGCCAAUCAGCGGCUGCGGAUCCUGGAGUUCAAGGACAUGAACGGCAACGGCGAGUGGUGGCUGGGCGAGACGGCGGGCGGCCAGCGGGGAUACGUGCCUUCCAACUACAUCCGCAAGUCCGAGUACACAUGAAGCACAAGCUCCGUCUGGUGGAUGAUAAUCCGAGACUCGUACGUCAACCCGAGGAUGUGUUCACCCCCAGCGAGCGCAGACCGAACAACGAAGCAAGCAUCUGACAUGCUGUGACCUUCUUUUAACUUGAUGGAGGGAGAAAACACACACUCCGCUCCUGGAAGUUAGCAUCAUAUGCCUAUAUUUAUAGACUUUUUAUACUAUUUUUACUUACUGGGAACUGCACCGUACUCCCGUUUUCAGUGAAAACCUGUGAAGUUGCAGCAGAUUUGGCCAUGCUCCUUGAGGCUGAAGAGCGGUCUGAGAGGUGAACCCUUUUGGGAGACGGCAGUGGAAAUGUGAAUGUUUUGGGUUUGGACUGCUUCUUAUAAAACCAACAUGAAGAGGUAUGCAGACAGACUGACCUUAACACUGUGUUACUCACUUCUUUUUCUGCAUGUGGCCCCUUGCACCACUAUAUUAGUGCUCGGAUGUGAGAUGAAUUUACACCAACAUGGUCACUUGAGGUUUGAGGCACUUGGUUGCGAGUUUGAAGUUUGUGCGGCGGCAUCAACACGAGUUUGGAGUGUUGUGUGGAAAAACCGUUGUGACCAUUUAAAAGUAAGAUCGGAGAGUUUCAUGUUAUUUGGUGUAUGGUUUACAAGCAUUCCUUUGCUCUCCAUCAGAGAGAGAACGAGAGGCGAGUCAGAUGAAAGCUUCUCCACAUGCUCCUCAAUGUACACCAGAGGCUGCAAAUUGCUGUAUAUUGAGAAUAUGAUGUUGCACCCACUGUAAAGUGAUCAUCACUGUUUGAAUAA